UCAUUAGCGGAAAUAUAGAUCACUGUGUCCGAGCUCCUGCUCUAAACAGACAGGACAGCAGUAGAUUUUUCUUUUUGGUCUUAGAAAACUUUGUGAACAUAUAAAACCAAAGAAAUUAACUAAAUACAUAUUUUUUUUUUAAAAAUGAGGACCAGAUCAAGGACUACCUUAACUUUCGCUAUUUUUACUGUUCUUUUAACUAGUGGAAAAUGCCAAUUCCCAGGUCUCUCCGGUAUGUCUAAUAUGUUUGGAUCUAUGAAUCCAUCCAUGAUGUCUGGCAUGAGUGGAAUGUUCGGGUCCAUGAAUCCAUCCAUGAUGCCCGGAAUGAGUGGAAUGGGUAAUUUAGGCUCCAACAUGAUGAUGAAUAACAUGAUGAUGAUGGGGUCGCAAAUGAACGAUCCUUUGAUGAGUCUCGCUAUGGGAACCAUUGAACUGAGCGGUUCUGAAUUAAUGGUUCUCAACAACCUUGUAUAUACUAUUGUUGGUCCUGGAGCUACUGUAAAUCCAGCCUUGAUGGUCCUCUACAGCAGUGAUGGUGGACUUCCCAUUAAUGCCGCUAAAAUGAUCCCAUACAUUACCAUCAUGCAGGGUAUAGCUAAAGACAUGAAAAUCAAAGUGCCUGGUGUGGCAGGUGAAGCAACAAAAGAACAAAUUGAAAACUACAUUUUCCAAAAGUCUCUCCAGUGGAUGCAGCAAAGAAAUAUGGCUGGAGCUUUUGUUGAAAAUGCUGGACUUUUCUUAAUGAGUAAUGCCAUGAACAAUGGUAAUCCAUUUUCCAGUUCAAGCAUGACAUCAUCAUCAUCACAGUCAUCAACAGCAAACAGUGCUGCUGCAACCGCUCGUGCAGCAGCAGCUGCUCGUGCUUCACUUGCUCAAUUUGCCGCAUCUCAAUCUGAUAAAAAAGCAGCUGCUGAUCCUGCAGCAAAACCAUCAGCACCAAAAGCAGCAGCUUCAGCAACGACUCCAAAACCACCGUCACAAAAUGAUAUCUUUGCCAAAAUGAUGGCUGCUGCAAACAGUCAGGCAGCGUCAGCUAUGGCAUCAGGAUUAAUGUUACCGCCUGGCAUGACAAUGCCGUCAGGUUUAAGUAUGCCAAUGACAUCUGGACAAUCUUCAGGUACUUCAAACGGGGGCAUGAGUCCAAUGAAUAUGAUGGCAAUGAGUGGAAUGGAAAUGAUGGGAUUUUAGACAAGGUUUCAAAACAUUCACGUGGCAUCUUGUUCAAAGAUUUAGGACGAAGCAGGAGCAGAGGAAGAGCUUUUAUUUUCAGCCGGAAAUGAAAUAAAUGUUACAUUUUUGAGACAUAUUGCCUCAUUCACUACUUGAUCAUAUUCAUCAACCAAGCUUCCAAGUGACUGUACAGAUUUUAUUUUUAUUUAACUGGCACUUUUCCUAAUUUUGUUAAGAAUUUGCAAUGAGUAAACAUUUAAUAAUAUUACUAUUGUAGUUUCACUUUUGCAACUGCUUUAAUUUUGAGCAAAAAUAAUACUAAGGUACAGUGAAUAUCAUAAAGUGU